AUGGCUGACGAUACUGAAAUUGAACGUAUGCUUGAAGAAAACAUGCAACAAGAUGAACAAGUCGUUAAGCAUCAAAAUGGCGACAAAAAGGAGAAGGAUAAAGAUAGGGAUAAAGACAGAGAAAAAAAGCACAAGAAACACAAACAUCACAAACAUCACAAAUCUCAUAAAAGUGAGAAAAAACACGAUAGAAAACGAAGCCGAUCGCCAAGCAACGAUCGUCAUCACCGGUCAUCAUCGCCACCGAUCGUACCGAGUGGAAAACGACCGAAUGUCAAUUCGGAACUGCACCAGCUAGCGCAAACAUUAAGUCGAAGCAAGAACACAAAAGAUAGUUCAUCAUCAUCGAAAUCACAUCGACGAGACAAAUCGCCGGAAUUAACGCCCGAAGAACGAGAUCUUCGAACUGUAUUCUGCAUGCAACUCGCAGCAAGGAUUCGACCACGUGAUCUCGAAGAGUUCUUUUCAAAAGUUGGCAAAAUCCGUGAUGUCCGAAUGAUAACCGAUCCACGAACACGUCGAUCCAAAGGCGUUGCCUACGUUGAAUUUCGUGAUCUAGCUUGUGUGCAAGCAGGUCUUGCUCUAUCAGGCGAAAAACUUCUUGGCAUACCCAUUAUUGUGAAACCGUCCAAUGCGGAAAAAAAUCGUCUAGCGGCACAAGCAGCAGCAGCCGCUCAAGCGCAAAACGCUAUCAUGACGAACGGAAUUGGACCACAAUCUGGAUCGGUAAUACCUACGCAUGGGCCAAUGAAGUUGUACGUUGGUUCAUUACAUUUUAAUAUUACAGAAGAUAUGUUACGCGGUAUAUUUGAACCGUUUGGACAGAUUGAUAAUAUUACAUUGAUGAGAGAUCCUGAUGCGAACCGAUCGAGAGGAUACGGUUUUAUUCAAUUUGCGCAUGCCGAGGAUGCAAAACGAGCGAUGGAAAAUUUAAAUGGAUUCGAGUUGGCUGGUCGACCAAUGAAAGUUGGACAUGUGACUGAACGAGCAGGUGAAAUUAGUUCAAGUGUAAGUUAUCCAUCGUAUACACCGGGCAUCUCUUCCUCGUUUGCUGCAAUGUCAAAUCUUGACUCUGAUGAUCUCGAUCAUCGUGGCGUUAAUCUAGGCGCAACCGGACGGCUAGCACUGAUGGCCAAAUUAAGUGAAGGCAGUGGAUUACAAAUGCCGAAACACGCCAUGGACGCUUUGCAAGCAGCUCAUAAGCAAGCCGCUAGCUCUCAACAUGUUCGCAUACCGGAAGCGCCAAACCCACAACAAUUAGCUACAGUAACUGCGGUUGGUACACAAUGCUUUAUGUUAUCAAAUAUGUUCGAUCCUGUUACCGAAGCCAGACAAAACCCUAAAUGGGCACAGGAAAUCAAGGAUGAAGUUAUAGAAGAAUGCAAUAAAUAUGGUGGUGUUGUUCAUAUUUACAUUGAUGAAAAAAGUGCAGACGGAAAUGUUUAUGUUAAAUGUUCGUCCAUUGCUAGCGCUAUUAACACGGUCAAUUCACUUCAUGGUCGAUACUUUUCCGGUCGUACUGUUGUUGGAAACUAUAUCCCAAUUCAAUCGUAUCAUAAACUCUUUCCUGAUUCAAGUUCAGCAACAGCACUCCUGACGACUUCAUAUGUUCUAGUCAAGAUAUAA